CGUGUCAGGUGCAUUUGGUGGAGCUGUUAUCGUACGAUUUUUGUGCAUUUUCGAAUAUUGUUCAUAUGAAAUUAUAAGUAGUUUUUGGUGAAAACUGCUGCUAAAAGUGCCGAUUUAGGGAGGAAGUUGAAUCCGACAUUCAUCAUGUGGCAAUGGCUAAAUUCAGCGGAUCAUUCGAACUGAAGGAGCCACCACCAUGGCAAAACUGCUGCUACUGUGGUAGUUCUACGUCAACGUCCUCGUCCGCUUCCUCCUCCGCCACAGCGACGUCGAACCUUCGUCAGCAGCAGCUCCAGAAACAGCCAAUACAGCAGAGUCAGCAAUUGCUUUCCUUCAAAACACCAGCGGAUUUCGUGAGGCAUCUUCGCCAGCAUCAUUGCACCGUGGAGGGAGGAUCGUAUGUUUGUCGCUAUGGCUAUAACGGGGUCUGUUCAUCGCUUCCACUGGAUGGAGUCAGUGAUAGGGAUUACGAAAUGCACGUCAACCGUUGCCACGUAAAUCAACAACAGAAGGAAUCGCAGGUCAAGUGGUCCGUCUUUUCGGCGGCUCAGAAUUUGCCGGCUGUACUGAACGAUCCCAGCCGUAGUAAGCAAACUCACUUUUUCACCAAAAAAUGGGGCGAUGCCUUUGUGGAGAACCAAUCGAUCGGAACAUCACCGCAAUUGCCCGACAUCAAGUGGGACCAUUUCGAUUUUUAUUUGAAACGGAUUGGCAAACGCUAUCGCGUUCACAAUCGGAUAGCAAAGACCGCGCUACCGAAUAGUUCUAGUCAAAAUCAGGCUCAACAGCACCAGCAACCGGUCGUGAGUGAUCGAUUACCGAAUGGGGCAACUGCCAAUCUGAAGGACAUUCCCGAGGUGUUCCUGAAGCAUAAUUUGGAACUGCACAGCCCGGCAUCGUUUGUGGCUGUCUUUCCGGGCAUUGGAAAUGAUGGCGAACAGGCCAAACAGUCGAGCCGAUUACUACAGGAAAAACUUAGUCACUACCUGGAUAUUGUGGAGGUGCUGAUAGCGAAACAGGUAGCGGAAAAAUCAUCUGCCUUCUUCCACGCGAUGACCUCGCAGGAUGCCAUUAUGGAACAGAUGCGGGAGGCCGCCACCCACGUUUCGAGGCUACGUUCUCGACUAAAACUAAUCGACGAUACCAUCGUUCGCGAGUCGCUCCAAACCAUUCACCUGGAAAGAAUUAGGUCCAACAAAAAUAUCGUCCUGGAGCGAUUGAAACUGAUGUCGACAGUCCACCAGACCCAACCGAUGAUACAGUUGUUGCUCAGCACCCAGGAUUACGUUGCGGCGCUGGAUUUGAUCAGCACGACUCAGGAGAUUCUGAGUCAGGAACUGGUUGGGAUCCAUUGCUUCCGUCAUCUGCCUUCGCAGCUGAGUGAAAUGGAACGGUUGAUCGAUAAGAUGCUGACGACGGACUUUGAACGGUAUUCCACGGCAGACUUAAAUCGACCAUUUGCCAGUGGUCAGCGGGCCGCGGAAAAGGUUCUGGAAGAAGAUAAGCUGAUUUGUAUUAUAUCUGGGUUGCUGCGGAAGCGGAAUGUGGAUUUCAUAGACACGUACAAGCAGGAGGCGAUAACGACGGUUCGGGCGAUUGUAAAACAGAUGGUGAUUGAGGUGAUCGCUUCCGGAGAUGCAGAAAUUUGCUUAACAGGUGCCGGGGAGGAGGCGCAGAGUCUGUCUCUUUCGGAGUGGAUUGUGUUGUUGGAAACGGCAACGGGAACGCUGCUGAAGCUGCUCAAACGGGUUCGAUCUGUGUACGACGUGAUGCAACAGACAGCUGACGCAAGUGCCGGGAAAAUAACUGACGAUGUAAGUUUUAUAGAUACGGAAGCAUUCCUUUGUACGAAGGACUACGAAGUGGUCAAGACGAAACUAGGUAAUUUAUUGCAAAGUGUGUGUAAUUAUUGUCAUGAACGUUGCGCCAAUUUGGUGUCCAAUCAAAGCUUGGAGAAGAGUUCCGUUAGUGCGGAGCAGAUAGCUAAGCUAACGGAAAUUGUCGAUCGAUUCAGCGAUGGUUGUGAAGAUGUUUGCGGGAUUCAGAGCGUUCCACUGAAGUUGGCACUGAGAGCUCAGGGUACAAGAUAUGCUCAAAAGUUCCACUCGGAGAGGAAAUCGAAAAUGGCCUUGCUGUUAGAUAGCGAACGGUGGAAGCAAGCAGAAGUGCCGACAGAGUUUCAGAAGAUGGCGGAAAGCAUUUCAAAGGGAGAAUUUUUGUGGAAAAACAAAAGCAAGGAAGUUAAUGGAACUCCGGUUUCAUCACCACCUCCACAGGGUGUUCUGCUGGUAGACGGACAACCCUUUGCACUGGUCGGCGCCGCUUUGUUACUAGUGCAAAUUGUUAGUGAAUAUUGCCGUUGUGCUUCCCAGUUGCCUGUGAUCGCAACACAGUUGGCUCGCAACGUUAUUGACCUGCUUAGAACAUUCAAUUCUCGCUCUUGCCAGUUAGUUCUCGGCGCUGGUGCCCUGCACGUUGCCGGCCUUAAAACAAUUACCAGCGGUAACCUUGCCCUCGUAUCCCGGGCCCUACAGCUAGUCCUGUGGCUACUUCCACACGUAAAACGUCACUUUCAAUCGCUAGAACCAAAUGGAACCUCAUCUGGAUCGACAACGAUCCUCACCGGGUAUGAUUCAAUCGAGAAGGAUUUCGCUUCCCAUAUCAAGGAGAUCGAAAACAAAGUAUUGGCGAUCGUUUGUGACCUGGUGACAAACCAGCUGGCCAACUGGGACGCUCGGCCUCCGGUUCCAUCGCAACCAUUCCGCAACAUCAGCCGGCAGUUUGUGAAACUGCACGAAGCGAUAGCACCGGUCUUGCCCGAUAAGCAGGUAGCUACCAUCUACCGGGUGGUACAUAAGAACUUCAAGGACAAACUUCGGGAACAGCUGCUUCGGAACAAUAUCACAAACAACGGAGGACCUCAGCACGCGACGGUUGUGUCGGAGCUGACGUUCUACAUGGAAACCUUACGGACGUUGCAAGUGAUGCCGGUAGAGGAGCUACGAGACGAAACUUUGGAUGAUAUUUGGUUGAAGUAAGGGGUGUACUGUUGCAUGCGGGACUUUUUAUUUGUGUUACCGUUGAUUUCACUUCAUUUUCGCUUUUUAAAGUGUUUCAUGAGUUUAUAAAAAAGACGAUAAUUCUAUAGAGUAUUCCGGCAGGUUUGAUAGGCUUGUGCGAUUCUGAAUAACUGUGAUGAAAUUUGUGUGUGUUACCGCUUUAUAAAUUUAAUUUCCACGGUGAAUGUAACUAAACUAAAAGCUAAAUUUGUUUUCGGUUUCUAUUUGAACCGCUUAAUUCUUCAAGGAAAUCCCAACUUUUAAGCUUCACUUUGAUUUAUCAAAAUCGUAAGCUUUAUUUUAAAUUGUUAUCACAGUCCUUUAAGUUUAAAAUGCCCUAUUCUGUUACUAGUCCAACUUGACUAUUAUUUAAAAAAAAAAAAUUCUUCACUAAAAUGUUUGCAAUGUUUUAGCUAGGUAACUAUUUAGAAUUUUGUUAGGGGAAAUGCUAUCUCACAACUUCAACUUUUUUCACUGUGAUUUCUUAAUUUGUUUCUACCACGUCCUCAUGGCCACAGCCUUGUUGUUAGCAUUCAUGAAACAUGUAACUUUGGUCAAACAAAUAUGGCAACCAUUAAAUUAUAAGAACACUUUAGAUAACAAAUUGAUAGAAAAUCAGCGAAUUUCAAAUGAAUAUAAUACCUUACGUAAGCUAGUAAAGUGCACUGUUGUUGAUGAUUAAUACCAAUAGACAAUCCGAACACCAGAAAAUCCGCG